AUGAUCUAAGUAUUAGAUUAGAAUGAUAAAGAAAUCUAUAAAUACAGAUUGGCCCAAGGCGAGAAUAAAUUUGGCAGCGACUCAAAAUUGUGCAAAUUUCUUAUCCGCAAUGUCCAAAGUGUACUCUUCUCAGUAGUAAACCAAUAAAUCUAAACCAUAGGCUCUUAUUAACAACGAUGUCUAUUUCACCCAUUUUAGUGACACAUCCAACGUCUACAAGGACUCCACACUCAAACCCUAUUCCAAAGUUGAGAUACCAAAAAACUUUCUCAUUGAAAUUUUUCCAACUAAAAAUUACUACUUUCAAACCUAUAAAUUUAAACUUCUUGAUUUAAGUGAAUCCUCCCAAUAAAACACUUGCAAUUAAGUUGGCACAACCUAAAAUCUUGAAGAAUUUUCAGGAACCAUGCCGCUAGAGGACAUCUUUCAAAUUCCACAAUAAGCCCAGAAAUUAUCUACAACCCAAUCAUUUUGUACAACAACAUAGGUAUUAAACACAUAAGACCCUUGCUCAUCUACAUUAAUUAUUGAAGAAGGCGAUUAAACUGAAAUUUUUACACUUAAUGAACUGAUUGUGUAGUAUUCUAAUAUGAGAUUGAUGAAUUAAUUGACAACUAAUGACAAGCAGGAAGCAGCGACUUAGACAGAUCUUAUUGAGAAGGAACCUCCUCCUGUAUAGAAAAAAGGAACUCUAUUUAGUGAUCUGUUUAAAAUUAAAAAAUAACAGCAAACUACACCAAAUGUGGUUCCAAAAGUUUAGGCUCCUGAACCCCAAAUAGUUGAUUCAACUGUUAUCGAUUCACAAUUAUUAGGGGCCACAGUGAACGAUGAGGAGCAAUAAAAGUUCUUUGAAUAAAAUAAUGAAAUAAAGGGGACUAUGAUUGAUGAAGAAUUAGAAAAGGCCUUUUCGUCUUAAUUCAACAAUAAGGAGGAAUAGAAAUCUUAGGUUUCUCAUUCUCAAUUCAAUAGGAUGAAUAGUAUUAAAUCAGAAAAUGUGUACACGACACCAAAGAUGGAUGUAAAUUCUAACAUCGAAUUGAAUGAUAUUUUUGGCAGUUUGCCAGAACUCCCGAAUUAAAGUAUCGUAUAGCCUUAAGUGAUAAAGAAGUUUUCAUCACUAAAAUCCAACUUAUUCAGUAUUAAGACAGAGGAGAUUUAGGAGGAGAAGAAUCAAUCUCAGUAGGAUGAUACGCCUAAGAAGUUAAGGUAAUAGGAGAAUAGAGGGACAGAGAAUAAAAAGAAGAGGGACAAGAAGAAGAAGGACGUGGUGAAGUAGGUGGGUAUGUUAAAGAAAAUCACUGAUGAAAUUAGUAACAAUUCAAUAUCGGAAUUAGAAGAGGAGAAGAUACAACCUAAAUAAUAAUUGCCUAGACAUUCAAAUUCAAUGGAGUUACCUAAUACAAAAAUAUUGGAGGAGAAAGCAUAAAACAUUGUACCAAAGAGUAGAAGGGGAUUGAGAAAAAAAAGGUUGGUUAAUAAUGAUAGGUAGUUUCGUACGAUUGCUUUUAGUGGUUUCUCAGAAAAUGAAAUUCCUUCAGAGAAAGAUCUGAUGAAACUGGAUCUUGAAUUGGUGGAGAAUUAAUUUGAGAAAUUUGAUUUAUUAAUAAUUAACACGCCUUUUAAAAGGACAUUCAAAUUCUUGGCAGCACUUAUGCAUGGAGCUGAAAUAGUUACUGCUGAUUGGUUGAAGGAUUCUCUUGCACAAUAUGAUUAGUAGAACCAUUAAAAUUAUGUUCCUGAGAGUGAAGAGUUUCAAAAACAAUUUGGGUUGAGCAUAAAAUAAAUAAUACAAUGCAGAGAUGAUUACUUUGAGAGCAAUGACAAUAUCGUAGAAAUUUUUGAAGGGAAAUACUACGUGAAUGAAGAUGUGAUACCUUCAAAGGGUGAGAUAGAAUAUCUGAUAAAAUUGGGAGGAGGACAAGUAGUUAGAAAGGCCAAUAAAAAUGUCUAUGUGAUAAGUGAGAGCAAGAAGCCAAACACAUAUGCAUCUGAUUUCAUUUUGGAUGCAUGCAUGUUUUAAUAGUGA